AUGGAGAACAACCCGCCUCCAGCCGCUGGUCAUAAUGGACAUGAUCAGCCCAAUGAAAACCAAGUUCCUAUACAUCCUCCAAGACAAGCCCCUCUCAUUGGAGCCUAUGAUGCACCAAAUGUCAAUGGACAUAGAACUGGAAUUAGAGCUCCACCAGUUGAGAACAAUCACUUUGAGAUCAAGGCCAGUCUUAUCAACAUGGUUCAAGGAUCAAAAUUUCAUGGUUUGGCAAUGGAAGACCCUCUUGAUCACUUGGAUCAAUUUGAUAGGUUUUGUGGGACUGUUAAGAUCAAUGGUAUCUCUGAAGAUGCCUUCAAGCUGCGCCUUUUCCCCUUCUCUCUUGGUGACAAGGCUCACAUUUGGGAAAAGAAUCUGCCUCACAACACCAUUACCACCUGGGAUCAGUGUAAGAAAGCUUUCCUCUCCAAAUUCUUCUCUACUACAAGAACAGCAAGGCUAAGGAAUGAGAUAUCAAGCUUUGCUCAAAAGGGAAAUGAGAGUUUUUGUGAAGCAUGGGAAAGAUUCAAGGGGUAUAUCUCUCAGUGUCCACAUCAUGGUUUCUCCAAGGAGUCACAGUUGAGUACACUCUAUAGAGGAGUUUUGCCUAAGUAUAGAAUGCUUCUUGAUACAACAAGCAAUGGAAACUUCUUGGGCCAAAAUGCAGAACAAGGGAUGUUGCUGGUUGAGAAUCUUGCUCAAAGUGAUGGGAACUAUGGAGAAGAUUAUGAUAGAACCUCAAGAGAUUAUUCUGAUAUGAAUGAGCAGCACAGAAAGGAGAUCAAAGCAUUGAAUGACAAGAUGGAUAAGAUGCUUAUGGCCAAUCAAAAGCAAGUUCACUUUGUCCAUGAAUGUGAACUUUAUCAAGAAGGCAUGAAAGCUUGUGUUGAAGGUCAAGAGGAAGUCAACUAUGUAGGAGGCCAAGGGUAUAACAAGUUCAAUCCAAAUUACCGCAACCACCCAAACCUCUCUUACCGCAGCACCAAUGUGGAGAACCCACAAGAUCAGACUUAUCCACCACAAAAACCACCUGGUUUUCCUUCCCAACCCAACUAUCAGCCAAAACCUCAAGGAAACUACCAAGCCAAGCUUCAAAAUUAUUCUCACCCUCAGCAACAAAUGAAUGCACCACAUCCUCAAGGUCAAGUAGAUGACACAACUGCUUUACUUAGACAACUCCUAGAAGGACAAGGGAGAGGUGCCAUUGAACUUGCCACAAAUGAAAGCAAUGCACCACAAGGUUGA